CUCAGCCUCCAUGUUUCGACCAGCCUUGUUGGUGAAGCCAGGGAUAAACAGGAAUGCUAGCGUUCCCGAACGUGAAGCAUGCCGGCGCGGCGACGAUAGUGGCUGUAAUAGACCAGCCUCCGCCGAGGAUAUGAGAAGUACCUGGAUGACUGGCAUAUAAGAUGGACCAGAAGGAAGCUAGCUCCAGGAUGUUAGCUCUCUCCCUUUCUCGAUUUGGCUAAUAACAGGCGGCUCGCUGUGGUGAGUGCUGUUACGCUUUCCGGCUUCGACCGAACAUUCUCUCGUUACAUUCUCCGUGAGCUAGCUCGUCCUCCCUGCCGAGCGUCCAUUCUUUCAAAAUGGGUGCUUUCUGUCUGGUCUUGGCCACUGGUCUUGCUCUCCUCAGCGGAACGUAUGCUGCAGAACCACCGGUCCAUGAAUGGGGUCAAGGAACCGGGUAUCACGUCCACCUUCCCAAGGGAUUCAAGAAGGCACUUUUUAUUGAGAACUUCGCCCUGUACGUGCCCGGUUCCCUUCCUUCUACCUCCAAAUGGGCCUUCGACUUGGGCACAUCCUAUCCCGGUGGUCCGGAGGGCUGGGGCACCGGCGAAGUCCAGACCUACACCGCCUCCACCGACAACAUCGUCAUCACUACUUCCGGAACACUCCAAAUCACACCGGUCAAAGACCCAGUAACGGGUAAUUGGACAUCCUCCCGGAUCGAGACUGUCGCAGCUAGAGAUAUUGUCUGUCCUCCUGGCCAGGCGAUCCGAAUCGAGGCCUGGAUCAAGCUCGGCGACCUCCCUGUCAGCAAGCAGCUUGGUAUCUGGCCUGCAUUCUGGAUGAUGAGUUCAGCGUACCGAGGCAACUACUGGAACUGGCCGAUGGUUGGCGAAAUCGACAUUCUAGAGAACGUCAACGGCGCGUCGGCAGCGUGGCAGACAAUACACUGCGGGAAAACUGCGCCGGGCCCGUGCAAUGAGUAUACGGGGAUCACCAAUAAGGCGGCGCACCGCUGGAGUGGGUUUCAUAGGUUCUCGGUGGACAUUGAUCGAACGAACCCUGGCGGGAGUUGGAAGGAGGAGCAGAUCGUGUGGAGGAUUGAUGGGAAGGCCGUGUUCACUGUAAAGGGGAGCCGGGUCGAUGACGAGAAGGCUUGGACGGCGCUUACGCGAACUCCCAAGUACAUUUUGCUCAACGUUGCUGUGGGAGGCUCGUUUCCAGAUGUCUUGGCGAAUCCGAGCUUGGAGAGGACGCCAAAUAAUGCGACGGUUGGAGGGGAGGGGUCGGCGAUGGAAGUGAGAUAUGUGGCUGUCUUCAGUACCUGAAAUAGGUAGUAUCGGAAUGACGGUGAUCGAGUAGACGAAGCCGCAGUUACAGAUGUUGAACACACUUGAUUAUUUGGCGAUUACGCUUUCGUG